AGAUUUUCUCCUGCGUGGGAUGUGCGAUCAGCCCAGUGUUCAGGAUGCAGGAGCUCCAGAGAGGCUGUCUGACACCAAAGUGCUGGUGUUUCACGUAGAAUAUGUGAUGCUCUUGCUCCAGAGAUCCCUACCUGCCUGACUCUGUUGUGUGUCAGAUGGCAUGAAACUGUACCAGCUACGACCCACAGAGAUCCCCUUAACCAGUCUAUUCUUUCGCUUGUGAGGGAUUCGCCACUCCAUGAGUCAUUACAAUCAUUCACCCCGUGUAUGAUCAGGAACAUCUCAGUACUUGGAGCAUGCUGUGAGCUUCAGCGCCAGUGCAUUGAAUUCUGGUGUCCAACACCUGACUUCAGUGUUUGAAGACUGAAUGUUGAAGAGAAAACCUGAAUGGUCUCUAGGAGUAAAUGAAAAUAGAGCUCUGCACUUUUCAAAAAAGGUCUUAGUUUACCAAUCUGGCAGAAAUUAUGUUUACAGAAGGAAUCCAGACAGUAUUGUUUUAUAACUUGAGUGCUCUUACUAAUGAAGUGUCCCUUAUAAAUAUCAAAAACAUGACAUUCAGCUGUUAGAGAGAAAGAGAAAACACACUUGAGGAAUAGCUUUGUCCCACCCACAGGGGCAUCAAUCACAUGCCCAGACUGGGUAUUUUUUUGGCCUCUUGCUCUUCAGUAUUGAUUUAUGCAGCUUUGCAGAAGAUUAGUUCAGAAAGGAGGUGUGACUAAAAGGUAAUAAAGAAUGAUUUAGUCAUCUGCAAGAUGAAAAUGAAAAACACCUGAAUUCCUACCAUGUAUAGUAGUGCUUGUAUUGUUAUACAACAGAAUCAUGUCUGGAUGAUUACGUUAAUAUUUUGUUUUAACAGUGAUGCCAUUGGUGCAAUGUGAUGGAAAAUCUAGCUUAGGAGAACACCUCAUCUACUGUGCAAGCUGAGGUUUUCAACAAGUUAAUCUUUCUUCAGUGUUGGACUCUAGUAUGAAAAGUUCUAUUUCAGCAAAAAAGUAAGCAUCUUUCGUCAUCAUCCCAGAAAGAUUACCCUGGAAAGUGAAAAGUGAAAUCAGAGUGGAGAAUGACUCAGUAUAACCAUUCAGCAGAGCUCUUUCUCCAGAGCUCAGCAAAUAAGACAUUAAAUUUCACUGAAACACCGCUGGCUUUGGAUGAAAGGACACUAUUAGGGCUGAAGAUUUCACUGUCAGUCCUUCUCUCUGUUAUAACUUUGGCAACAAUCCUUGCAAAUGUUUUUGUUGUUAUUACAAUUUUUCUGACUAGAAAGCUCCACACACCUGCAAAUUACCUCAUUGGCUCCUUGGCAGUGACUGACCUGCUAGUGUCUGUCCUAGUAAUGCCCAUCAGUAUUGCUUACACUGUCACCCACACCUGGGCCUUUGGCCAAGUGUUGUGUGAUAUAUGGUUAUCAUCAGACAUCACAUGCUGCACAGCCUCAAUCCUGCACCUCUGUGUUAUUGCACUGGACAGAUACUGGGCUAUCACAGACGCUUUGGAAUAUGCCAAACGCCGGACUGCUGGCCGAGCAGCGCUCAUGAUUGCUGUGGUCUGGAUGAUAUCGAUUAGUAUUUCCGUGCCACCAUUUUUUUGGAGGCAAGUGAAAGCUCAUGAAGAAAUUGCAAAGUGUACUGUGAACACAGAUCAAAUAUCCUACACAAUUUAUUCCACUUGUGGAGCUUUCUACAUCCCGACUGUGCUGCUCCUGAUAUUGUAUGGCAGAAUUUAUGUAGCAGCUCGAUCCAGGAUUCUGAAGCCACCCUCAUUAUAUGGGAAACGUUUUACUACUGCACACCUGAUUACUGGCUCUGCUGGGUCUUCCCUCUGCUCCAUCAAUGCUAGCCUUCAUGAAGGGCAUUCCCAUUCAGGUGGGUCCCCAAUAUUUAUCAAUCAUGUUAAAAUAAGACUUGCAGAUAGUGUCCUGGAAAGGAAAAGAAUUUCUGCUGCAAGAGAAAGGAAAGCUACCAAAACUUUAGGCAUUAUUCUGGGAGCUUUCAUUUUCUGCUGGCUGCCUUUUUUUGUUAUGUCCCUAGUCCUACCGAUCUGCCAAGAUGCUUGUUGGUUUCAUCCCAUCCUACUGGACUUUUUUACAUGGUUAGGUUACUUAAACUCAUUGAUCAAUCCAGUCAUUUAUACAGCUUUUAAUGAAGAAUUUAAACAGGCUUUCCAAAAACUAAUACAUUUCAAAAAAUGUUUGUCUUGAGCCUCUCCUGUUAUAUCACUGACCCUUGCGCAAUCUUGCAGCCUAGCUGGAAACUUUCUGUGCUUUUAUUCCUAAGGUACAGAGUGCUAAUUGCCGUCUCUGCUGCUACCCUGUGCUAUGCAUGUAACUUGGAACUUCCUGCCAAUUUGGUACUUUCUGUCUGGAAUUCUGUAUCCCAUAACAGAACUUGUCCGUGAUCUCUGCAGUGAUUGUUCGUGUAUAUAAGAUCAACACCUGAAGUAAGCUUUGUAACAAGUGAAGGAGUGUGGACCAGAAAGCUGAGUUUGUAUGAUGAGAUGACACAUAUUGCCCAGUUCUGCCAUGCCUUUGUAACCUGAUGGGAGGAAAAUGUGUGCAUAAUUUGCAGGUCAUUGGUAUUUCAGCUGUACAUUAUUAACAAUUUAUGUAGGCUGAGAAAUUUUCUGGAGAACUGGAUCUGAUGUCUACAUUUUCUGCGGCAUGUAUCCUAUCCAUUUGAAAUUGGUAAGACUUCUAACAUUUUCAGAAGUUGUGUGACAGCCUAUGUAUAACCAGCAGGGCAUAGAAGGCAUAGUGUGUAUGUAAGUUCUGUGAUUAUUUCACAAAUACUGCACUUGAAGCUAUGCUCGUGGUGAACUGUAGAAAGACGACAAUUUAUUUGAAAAAAAAUUUUAACACAUUUUAUCAUUAAUAGAAUAGCCAGGGCAGAAAUACUACAAAAUAAAUAGCAUGUAAAUUACUGAAAAGCACCUCAGUCUUCUACUUCUGUUACUUAAUUUUUUGCAUGCACAAAACUGAAACAGGAAAAUACGCUUAGUGCCAGUGUGGAAUGAUUGUGACCUCAAAAAAGAGCCAGAAGUGU